AUGCCGCUGCCUGUGACAGAUCUGCUGCCCGAGCCCCGGGCAUUCCCCACCGGGCUCCGGACACCGCACGGCUUCAGUAACGUUAUGCUCCUCUCUCUAGUAAGCAUGUGGGAGCGUGUCCCGCUGGACAGGAGAGAGCGGCCGCCGCAGGAUGCCCACGGCCGGCCGGCCCGGGAGCCGGUCUGGCUGGAUGUCUCAGACUCCGAAGGUAAUUUUGAGACCCCUGAAGCAGAAACACCGACCCGCUCGCCACUAAAGGAGUUCUGCGGGCCGCCGCCGGGAUCGCCGGAGCCUGAGGCCGGGACCCAAGAGCCAAGUGGCCAUGGUGACCUGCUGGUAGGGGAGGCCCACCGGGACAGCUCGCCUGGGAAGCACCCCAAAGAUGAGGCUCAACCGGAGAUUGGAGCCACUAAAGCCAACUCGGAUACUAAAGGGGAAUGCAACCCCGAAGACUCGUCCCUGACACAGCUGCCGGCUGAAACCCAGCCCCUGGCUGCGCUGGGAAGCGGGGCUGACGCUGGCUGCGCUGCCGUGCCCGCUGCAGAGCCAGCCCCGGUGCCCCAUGCGGGCAGAGCCGCCGGGGAGCGGGUCAUGUCAGGAGAGGACGCAGCAGACGCCGACACGGGGCUGGUGGAGCCGAAGGCUGAUGCCCUGGCCCAGGAGUGCUCGCCCAGCCGGGGCCAGCUUGGGAAAGGGAAAACACCUUUGCUGGGGAGGAAAACAGAAGAAACCACAGAGGAGACCCCGGUGCCUGAAGCAUCCUACCAGUUUGACCCUGAGCACGGCAGCCCGGGUGAGCUGGGGGGGGACCCGGCCCCGGAGCCCAAAGAGCAGGUCCCGAAACCUGGGGUCGAUUGUACAGAGGCGGGAGAGAGCGCGGAGGCCAGGAGGGCUGCACCCAGGAAGGGCAGCAGGAUCCCGGCCAGCAAGCUGACACCGAAGAGACACCGAGAGCCCCCCAAGAAACCAGCCGAGGACGCGGAGAGGGGUCCCGCGCUCUGGGACAGCCCGGGUCUCAACCCCUUCGGCGGCAGCUCAGCGCUGCGAAACUCUCCGACUCUCCCCAAGGGCUCUUACCACUUCGACCCCAAUAACUUUGACUCCGUGGAUCCCUUCAAGCCCACCAAGACCCUCGCCAGCACCACCGCCGACUCCUGCCCCACUGCCGACAACAGCCUCAACGAAAUCCUCGAGUCUCAGACGCUGGAGGUGCAGGACGAUCUCGUGAAAGGCAGAGACUCCCCAAAGAAGCCCAAGUCGCGCCUGAUAACGAGCGGCUGCAAGGUGAAGCAGUACGAGACACAGUCCCUGGUCCUGGACGUUUGCGCUCAGGAUGAAGGAGCGCUGAUCUCCGAAAUCCCAGAUAUUGCAAAUCGGGAUGGGCAUGCCACUGAUGAGGAGAAGCUGGCCUCCACCACCUCCGCACAGAAACCGGCCAGCCUGGAGAAGAAGAGUGAGCCAGAAGAUGACCUGGAGUACUUUGAGUGCUCGAACGUUCCCGUGCCGGCGGCGAAGCACGGUACGGAGGCAGGCUUUGAAAAGGAGAUCUCCAAGCAGAUGGAAAAGGAUGAGCCUGGCAUCUUCCCCGGCAAUCCCGGGCUGUGCUCCAUGGACAAGUCUCCCGCAGCCGUCACCAGCGUGAGCAGGAGCGAGAGUCCCCUGGACGGCAUCUGCCUCAGUGAAUCCGAGAAGACGGCCGUGCUCACGCUCAUCAGAGAGGAGAUAAUCACAAAGGAGAUCGAAGCAAACGAGUGGAAGAAGAAAUACGAAGAGAGCCGCCAGGAAGUCUUAGAGAUGAGGAAAAUAGUGGCUGAGUAUGAGAAGACCAUUGCGCAGAUGAUAGAGGAUGAGCAGAGGACAAACAUGACGUCUCAGAAGAACCUGCAGCAGCUCACGAUGGAAAAAGACCAGGCUCUGGCAGACCUAAACUCAGUGGAGAGGUCCCUGUCGGAUCUCUUCAGGAGAUAUGAAAACCUGAAGGGCGUCCUAGAAGGCUUUAAGAAGAACGAAGAAGCUCUGAAGAAGUGUGCUCAAGAUUAUUUAACCCGGGUCAAGCAAGAAGAGCAGCGGUAUCAGGCCCUGAAAGUCCACGCAGAAGAAAAAUUAGACAAAGCCAACGAGGAGAUCGCCCAGGUGCGCACGAAGGCCAAAGCCGAGAGCGCGGCGCUGCACGCCGGGCUGCGCAAGGAGCAGAUGAAGGUGGAGUCCCUGGAGAGAGCGCUCCAGCAGAAGAACCAGGAGAUUGAGGAGCUGACCAAGAUCUGUGACGAGCUGAUAGCGAAGCUGGGAAAGACAGACUGA